AAAGAGCAAAGAGGCGAGGAAUAGUAGAGUUUUUGUGAGCAGCAAUAGAACCAUGGCUUCAAUUCAAGAAAGAUGCGUCACAAAUCCAGCGGGAUUAACGUACUAAACAUAGAAACAUCCACCCUUCCCUCUUCACCCUUGGGUCAAACCCCCGCAGACCGCACCAAAUAGACGGUUAACACGUUGUUCAGUUACACAUCUUCGCAGAGGAUAAGCAACCAUUCUCACAAGAAGCGUACGCUUUAAGCCAUUACGAAGCGUAUGUCGCUCAUUCCGUUCGAUUGACGCCCUCGUUUAGCGCAAUGGGAUAGUAGAAACAAACUUUUAUUUGGUUCCUCUCCUCUAUUUUCUUUACAGUUAUAUUCUGGUAAGAUUGCCUUAUCCUCUAUAUAAUUUUGGGGUAUCAAUCCUUGAUCCAAUUUAAUAAUUGGGAUUCGAACCCUCAACAACCUUGUUGGCAAAAAGAGAUUCUCAAAGUGCCGUAGAAUUUAUGCCUUUUGUUUGUGCGAUAAGGGGGUUUAUGUUUCUCGCGUAAAUAGAGCCUUUCAAUUGUCAGCAAUUUAUAAUUUGGGCACCAUCGUUUGUUAUUUUGGCCAUGGUGCUUGGAAUAGCGAUUUGGGUUGUCAGCAAUUUAUAAUUUGGGCAACGUCGUUUGUUAUUUUGGCCAUGGUGCUUGGAAUAGCGAUUUGGAUUGGAAUGACAGCUAAGCAAUGCUAAUUUUGAAGGCCCAAUAAACUUCCUUUAUCUUCAUGGCGUGUAGGUUUUGAUGGUAGUUUCUAAAUCGGGGAGCACUUCAGCAGUGUCUAGAUUGUUACAAGUUUUCCUGGCAGAUUGGCUCAACCAUAUAUGAAUGCUUAUUAGGCACAGUCCUAUGCGUGUCUUGGGAGGCCCACAACUGUGAGUAGUGAUCAACCACUCUCAUCCUGACCUGUGUCAGUAUCUACUCCAAAAGUUCACCAGUCUACCUCUGUGUUUCCUAAAGAGAGGACAUUUCCAAUCCACAUGGACAUUUGAUUAAGUGAGGUAUUAUAUGUAGCCAUUUUAUCGGAGCAGAGAUUGCAACAAAUAAUUCCUUCAGCCUAAGAAAUAUAUAAAGGGAAGAGAUUCGGGGAUAUAAAUGGGAAGGCUUUUCCUUGUACAGCUGGAUGGAAGGACAUACAGUUGCAAGCAUUGCCGCAGUCAUUUGGCACUCUUUGAGGAACUAAUUUCAAAGUCUUUUCACUGCAAAAAUGGGAGGGCCUAUCUUUUCAACACCGUUGUUAAUGUAUUUGUUGGGCCUCUAGAGGACAGAAUGAUGACAACUGGAAUACAUACAGUAGCAGAUAUUUUUUGCAAUUGUUGUGGGCGGAUCGUUGGCUGGAAAUAUGAGGCUGCCUAUGAAAAGAGUCAAAAGUACAAGGAGGGAAAGUUCAUCUUGGAACGGGGAAGGAUGGUCGAUGGGGAUGGCCGGAACUUCUUGGCCGACACUCCUGUAGUUGGUAGUGAUGCAGAUGAUGUCUAGAUACAGACAGACAUGCUAGUUUGUUUUGCCUGUUGCCUUUAGCAUGGUACUACAGGCAUCAAUUGAAGAUUAGUCAGAAUUAGUGUAAACAAACAAUGGGUUCGAAGAUCUAUGCUUUCUGUCAGAUAUGGGUGGUGAACCCUGUUUUGUUUAUCGUUGAUUUCUUAGUCUGGAAUACUGCCACUGUUAUUUUAAAAAUUUAAAAACUAAUUUGAGAAAAUUUAUAGCUAAGAAUCUCAUUCAUUCUAAAUUUACAAUUGGGUCUUAGACUC